ACAGCAAACAAGGAAGUGAGAAAACCAAAAGGACAGUUCACAGUAGUAUCCUUGACUGUGACUGACAAACAACAAAAUCAAAGCAUCAAUAAAUCUCUUGAGUCACCGACCUUCAACCCGUUUUCACUCCUCCAAGUUCAAAGCACAAGAAAAACCCCGAAAACCAGAUAAACUAACUCUCUCCCAGGAAAUCGGAGUAUACUGGUCAGAUGGAUCAUAGUUCUGAAGAAGAGUCAGAUAUAAGUGAAUCAGAGAUUGAGGACUAUAAGGACAAACCGCUAGAAGAUUUGAGGUCUGGGAACCUUAGAGUGAAGGUGAAUGGGUUCCUAAGAUGCCCUUUCUGUGCUGGUAAAAAGAAGCAGGACUAUAAGUACAAGGAUCUGCUUCAACAUGCAACCGGAGUAUCUAAGGGUUCUGCCAGCAGAAGUGGAAAACAGAAGGCAAACCACCUUGCCUUGGCUAGAUAUUUGGAGAUUGAACUGGCUAACGAAGCAGAGCAAACUCCGCGCCAGGUUGUGCCACAGCCCAUCAAGCCACCUCCAGAGCAACAGGAGCUCUUUGUAUGGCCAUGGAUGGGAAUUCUUGUGAAUUUGACUGAGCAGAGGGACAAUGAGUAUUGGAUGAAGAAAUUUGCUGAAUAUAAACCCUUAGAGUUUUGUACCUUUUUGAAUGAAGAAGACCAUUCCACCCAGGCCAUAGUGAGGUUCAACCGUGAUUGGGAUGGCUUUAUGAACGCAACAAGAUUUGAACAAUUAUUUGAUAAUGCAAAUCAUGGUAAAAAGGACUGGAAAACGAGGAAAACACAACCUGGAUCAAGCAUUUAUGGCUGGCGUGCUCGUGCUGAUGAUCACGAUUCUGAUGGGCCAAUAGGGGAGUACCUUCGCAGGGAAGGAAGAUUGAAUACUAUUCCUGCCAUUGUUCAGGAAUCAAAUGAAAGCAGAAAUACUGUUGUGGCACACCUAGCUGAUAAAAUUGACGAGGCAAAUAAAAAUCUGGAUAAGCUGCACUACAACUUCAAUGAGAAGAACAUGUCUUUAAGAAGGAUGCUUGAAGAGAAAGACAAACUACACUAUGCUUUUGUUGAAGAAACAAGGAAGAUGCAGCGACACGCACGUGAAAAUGUUCAUAGAGUAUUGGCAGAGCAGGAAAAAUUGAAUGAUGAAUUGGAGUCUAAGAAAAAAAAGCUUGAUUUCUGGAGCAAAGAAUUGAACAAACGUGAAACAGUAACUGAGCGUGAGAGGCAAAAACUUGAUGACGAGAAGAAAAAGAAUGAUACGAGGAAUAGUUCUCUCCAGUUGGCAUCCAUGGAGCAGAGAAAGGCUGAUGAGAAUGUUUUAAGACUGGUUGAAGAGCAAAAGAGAGAGAAAGAAGAGGCCUUAAAGAAGAUACUUCAGUUGGAAAAACAGUUGGAUGCCAAACAGAAGUUGGAAAUGGAGAUUCAAGAGAUAAAAGGGAAAUUACUGGUGAUGAAGCACCUUGGAGAUCAAGAUGAUGCAGCAGUUCAAAAGAAGGUGGAGGAGAUGAAGGAUGAGUUGAGCCAGAAAGAGGAUGAUUUUACUGAUAUGGAAUCUCUGAAUCAAACUCUCAUAAUUAAAGAACGCCAAAGCAAUGAUGAACUUCAACAAGCACGAAAAAAUUUAAUAGUGGGUCUGGGAGAUAUGCUGGGUGCUCGAACUCUUAUUGGACUAAAAAGAAUGGGAGAAAUUGACGAGAAGCCCUUCCAUAAUGCAUGCAAGGAAAGAUUUCCUGAGGACCCAUUGUUGCAUGCUUCCACUCAAUGCAGCUUGUGGCAGGAGAAAUUGAAGAACCCAGCGUGGCAUCCAUUUAAAGUUAUUGAUGUUGAUGGGAAUGCAAAGCAAAUACUAAAUGAAGAAGAUGAGGAGCUACGAAACCUCAAGAAAGAGUGGGGGGAUGAGAUAUACACAGCAGUUGUUACAGCUUUGAAUGAGUUGGAAGAGUAUAAUCCUAGUGGGAGAUAUGUGGUUUCAGAGCUCUGGAACUUCAAAGAAGGAAGGAAAGCCACAUUGAAAGAGGUCAUUGCCUAUAUUGUGAAGAAUAUAAACACUCUCAAGCGCAAGAAAGCAACAUGAAGGGAACUCUCGGAGAAGGUGGGAAGUGUAGUUUAAAGAGCUGGAGGUGUGCAGAAACUUAAGAGGUUGGAGCAGGUGUCAGGUGACAUGAAAAUUGUGGACCAUAAGUUGUUGGAGCAGGUUUAUGCUACCGCCAAGAUAUGCUCAAUCUAGAUGUGUGGUACUACGAAACUGUUGGCGUCAGACUCAUUCUCCAACAAUUGUGAACUUAAUUUUUAUGGAAGAAAAUUUUCCUGCUGAGUGCAGCGGGAUUUCUCCAAGGUUAUAAAUUUUCUGUUGCCACGAGUCAUUAUUUUCCAUGGGACGAGGUUAAGUAAUGUCUUGACUUUUAAUAUUAGUUGGUUAAUGAAGUAUGCGCUUUCUGUAA